AUGAUGUCCUACAUUAAACAACCCCAUUAUGCAGUCAACGGGCUGACCCUAACUGGCUCGGGUAUGGACCUCCUGCACUCGGCCGUCGGAUAUCAAACCUGGGGUCCAUGGAGAAGUUGUCCACCUUCAACUCCGCGAAAACAGCGUAGGGAGAGAACAACCUUCACCCGCGCGCAGCUGGACAUCCUGGAGUCUCUCUUCGCCAAGACUCGCUACCCUGACAUCUUCAUGCGGGAAGAGGUGGCGCUAAAGAUCAAUCUCCCCGAGUCCAGAGUGCAGGUCUGGUUCAAGAACCGCCGGGCCAAGUGCCGGCAGCAGCAACAGCAGAGCAGCGGGCAGGCCAAGGCCCGGCCGGCCAAGAAGAAGAGUUCGCCGGCCCGCGACACCAGCUCGGAGACCAACGCCAGCGGCCACUACAGCCCGACGGCCGCCUGCACGGGGGCGACGGCCAGCUCCACCUCCAACGCCAGCGUGUCCAUCUGGAGCCCGGCCUCCAUCUCGCCCAUCCCGGACCCGCUGUCCUCCACUGCCUCCUGCAUGCAGCGCUCCGCCGCCUACCCCAUCACCUACAGCCAGGCGCCGGCCUACAGCCAGGGCUACAGCGGCUCCUCCGCCUACUUCAGCGGCCUCGACUGCGGCUCCUACCUCUCCCCGAUGCCCCCUCAGCUCUCUGCCCCCGGGGCCGCCCUCAGCCCCCUGGGCAGUCACCUCAGCCAGUCCCCAGCUCCUCUGUCUGCUCAGGGUUACGGCUCCGCGGGACUGGGGUUCAACACUGUCGACUGCCUGGAUUACAAAGAGCAGAGCGCGUCCUGGAAGCUGAACUUCAGUGCUGCCGACUGCCUGGAUUACAAAGAGCAGAGCUCCUGGAAGUUCCAAGUCUUGUAAACUCGCCGAUCGAGCGAUCAAAACCCGACCGCCCUGCCCUGUUUCUCUCCAUUAUUCCCUCUGGAACCCGGAUCAAUAACAAUUAUAGAAUUACACACACAGAACUCAGCAGGUCGGGCAGCACGGAUGGAAAGGAAUAAACAGUCGAUGUCUCAGGCCGAGGCCCUUUCACCAGGACGUCUGGAUUACGCUGCUCUGGACUUCCAAAAUCUCUUGUGUUGCAAAUUGUAGAAGCUGUGAAGCCCGUCAACUCCAAAACAAAUGCUAACAAAUUCUCAAAAGGAGUUUCCCGUCUGGUCACCAGGGAAGAGUUGAAUUGGCGGAAGGAAAAGAUCUCCCUGGCUAGGUGACCUGUAGCCAGCUGGAACUUUGCAAAGAACACUAACAGUCUCAUCAAAUGUCACACUUGUUCGGUCCAGUCUUUCACCCGACCUCAAUGGACUACCGCUUUGUAGGGAGGAGGUUUUCAGAGUCACUGAACACCGACCGGAUCCAAUUACUUGACUCUAUGUGUCAGAGGGUGAUCGAAAGAGUCUCUACAGAUUAGUAAAUAACCCUAAGGAACUGCUUGGAUGGAGAGGAGGGUUAACGGGAACUUUUAGUUUGGUUAUUCCGAUCAAAUUCUCUCCCUCUCGUGUGUGUGUGUGUGAAUUUUUGUUUCAACCUCUUUUGGGACUCUCUACAAAGGAAAUUAUUAAAAAUGAUGGACAGUGAGCUACGGAUUUCGGCUUGUAGGCUGUCUGUGUCAGGGAAGUGACGAAGCUUGGCGAAUCUUCUGAAACACUGAGGUGCCGCGGUAGCCGAGCAGCUCAGUUUGUCAGCACGUCGGGGGCGGGGGGUGGUUUCCUCCCGCAGUCCAAAGGCGUACGGAUUAGUAGGUUAAUUGGUGAUUGUAAAUUGCCCUGUGAUCAGGCUAGGGUUAAGUUGCUAGUUGGGCUGGAAUCUGUGCCGUAUCUCUGAACAAUAAAACAUUAAAAAUACCAAUAAACACGGUUUUCACUCAGGGGACAUUUAAAGCUCUUUGUUAUUUUUACCGAGAGGACGGGGCAGGCUCCACAUGAGAAUAAUAUGAAACAAAUCCCUUCAGUUGUGCUUUGUAAUGACGCUGGUAAGGGUUUUGGCUUCAUGAGGCAGACCAGGUCCAGGGAAUCUUUCUGUGUUUGGUUCCACUUCUGAACAUUUCCAGCUGUGGAGGGGUACACAGCUCUCUCCCAGUGCUGU